CGCGAGAGUGCGCGUGUUCAGUUAGUUUCCUGCGCGAGUCUAGUCAACAGUCAAGAGCGCGAUCACACAGAAACGCUAUAUGCUAAAAGACCAAAUUAACUGACGGACACAUGCGGGAGCAGCAUGGGAAGGUCACACCUGACUGUCAGUACUGCCCUUCAGAAUCUACAGAAGAUACUUGUUUCCGAAGAACAGUGGGCAGUUUAAGUGUUUAGGACAAACAAGGGACAACUAUCACAAAACAAAAAAACACAGCUGUGGAUCAUUCAGGAUGAGAAUAAGAAGGCAUAAAGUCUUCCUUCUGUGCUUACUGGGGAUUUUUGUUGUUUCCUUCCUUCAUUACUACAAAGCCCUGUACAAUAUUCCGCUGCUGCAGGAAUUCUCCUCUCCCUCCAACCAUCUGAAGACUCUGAAGAUAUUCAGCGAUAUCUUCUGGAAUAUUCCAGCUGCUGACUUCAACUCCCAGCAAGAUGUUCACAAACUCAGCCGCCUGAACGUAAAGUCAAAGCAGGGCAGUUUUGACUCAAAUGAGAUUCUCCCAGAUGGGAAACUUCAUGAACGUACCUUUGUACUUCAAAAUGAUCCCACACCCUUUUUCAUCCACACCGAAUCUGGAGCCAUGUGCUUAAAAGAGGGGACGGAUCUGGCCGACUUCGCAACUCGCCACAAGUUACUGCAACAUCACAGAGAAAUCGACCCCAAAGACAAAGCAAUCAAUACAAACGAGCAGAUGGUUCGGUGUCCCUGCCUGCAGGGUUGGCACGGCCCUCACUGUGGCAUCCCUACCAUCGUGUAUCAUUCCAACCUCCCGUCCAAGUCAAAAGUAACACCCAGAAAAGUUCCACGUCGGGUCAUCAAUGCCAUCAACGUCAACCACGAGUUUGACCUACUACACGCUCGAUUCCACGAACUUGGAGAUGUUGUGGACGUGUUUUUGAUUUGCGAAUCCAAUUUCACUGCGUAUGGUGACUCAAGACCUCUUUUGUUCCGGCAGAUGAUCCUAAACGGAACAUUUGACUAUAUAAAGCACAAAAUCCUGUACAUCUUCCUGGACCAUUUUCCUGAUGGCGGCCGUGCGGACGGCUGGAUCGCGGACGAUUACCUGCGCACCUAUUUGACCAAAAAUGGAAUGUCGAGGCUUAAGGGCCUCAAACGGGAUGAUGUUUUCAUCAUCGACGAUGCGGAUGAAAUUCCAGCUCGAGAUGGAAUCCUUUUCCUCAAGCUCCACGACGGCUGGACGGAACCAGUCGGGAUCCACAUGCGUAAAUCCCUAUACGGAUUCUACUGGAGGCAGUUUGGAACGCUAAACGUUUUAUCUGCUUGCACGGCAGCUAUGCUCUUUAAGGUUUACAAGGGUGAUGGGAUUCUCCUUCGCCGCCGGUCGUAUUAUUCCAUGUCGGGAUUCCGGGAAUACGAGAACUCCACGGGACGCAUUCUGGUACCGUGGGCCAUCGGAAGCCCUGUUCACUAUGCUGGAUGGCACUGUUCCUGGUGUUUUAAACCAGAGGGAAUUUAUUACAAACUCAUAUCGGCUCAAAAUGGAGACUUCCCACGUUGGGGCGAUUACAGCGAGAAACGGAAGAUAAGUUAUAUUGAAGACUUAAUACAGACAGGGGGGUGGUUUGAUGGGUCUGUACCAGAGUACCCACCCUCAGACCCCAAAGAGCAUAUGUAUGCUCCCAAAUACCUGCUGGACAACUAUAAAAAAUAUCACUAUUUGCUGGAGAACCCAUAUGCAAAAGAGAAACAUUAAGAGAAACGGGUCAGUUUCAAAUGAGCAGCUUAAUAAGUUGAAGUGAGAAGUGAAACUGAAUGAUAGGAAGAAGUUUCACAGCCUUUUGUGGUUCAUGAUUCAGUUUUCAAGAUCCACAAUUCCAAUUCUUAUGACUUCCCACCACAUCAUACGCGGACUGUAAAAACAGCAAAGAAAACCAGCAUAGUUUACUCUUUGAUCAGAUCUGUUGCUUUGGACUCUCUAACAAGAGUGAUACCGAAUGAUUUAGCCACUUCAUAGCUAUAAAAUUACAAUUAAUUACAAUUAAUUUGAUUAUUCUUCAUAUACUUCGUCCAGUGACUCCAAGGUUAACCCAGCAUGGUUUUACUUAUAUUUCAUCACUAUAGCCCCUUUCACACAGCAAUCCAGGUAAAUUCCUGUAGAAUUACCAGUACCUUCACACAGCCAACGGAGUUCUGUAUUUUUACCGGUAAGAGACAUCAGCACACAUUAGCACCAAAAUGCUGGUAAAUUCUGUGAUGUCAGUUUUUGGAAACCAUCUUUAAAAGCUGCACCAUUGUCUGCAUGAGUAGAAGCACUUUAUCUGUCUAAUUUAACAACAUUUCAGAAUGCAUUUUUGAUCUUAUUAACACAGGACGUGCAUAAUAGUAUGCAGCACUGAUGAAUGGUAAAGAAGGCUGGGUCUUGAGCGUGACACAGUGAAAAAGCUACGAGAUGUCCAUCUAAACGCAUAUUAACAUAGAAAAACUCAUUUAAAAAAGCAGCGGAGCUUUGUAAACAGCUCGGAGUAAUCAUGUAAUCUCCAUAAAAACGCUAUGAUUGGCCAAUUUGGACCAAAGCAGAUUUAAUACCGGUAACAUCUUUCUACGUUCACACAGAGCAGAUUACCAGUUAAAUACUGGUAAUGUUACAACUUCCCAUACCGGUAAUUGCCAGAACGAAUUUACAGGUAUUUUUGAAAAGGCCCUGUUCAUACAUGUUCUCUAAGCAGUAAUUUACCCGUAAUUUUCCAGUAAAGACUGUGUGUGAAAGAGGCUUAUGAAAAGAUCUCCAAACAUAAUCACAGAAAUGCAUGAAAAUAAUCGCAACAAAAUGCACUUAUAUGGAUUUGAUAGGACAUUCAUUUAUAGAAAUGUUUACUUCAUAUGAAUGAUCAGCACUAAAUUGGUUUAAACCCCCACGUCCAGUAAUGGUUUCUGUAUUCAUGAAGGAUAUCUCCAGGAUUAAUGCAUUAUUUGCAUUGCUUUGUUGAUUCUAAAACACAUUAUUAAUCUUAAACCCAAUGUGCAUAGAUUACGGUUGCGUCACAGUGGCACAUAGUGCCGUCAUACUAUUUUUUUAAUUAUUAUUAAUAUUUUGUUUUUUACACAGGGUUGAACAAUUACGAACAGGAUACAGGUGUACUUUAGAAUUUUACGAUUUUUUUACGAUCUACACUGGAAAAACAUAUAUUUAAAAUGGCUUUUAUGUUUACAUUAUUUCUUAGUAAAAAUAUCUAAACACCCCUAAACAAGAUAAAUAACACAAAAGUAAUAAUAUAAAUAACAUACAAAAUAAUAUGUUAAGACUUGUUUUCAGAGAAUAUACCUUAAAUCUUAUAUUAUUUUUAUUAUUAUUGCCUUGGUGGCAAUUACUUUUUUUCUCAAUUUAUAAUUUGUUCAUAUUUAAAGGGGACAUUUGAUGCUUAAUUUACUUUCACAUGGUGUUUGCAUAUAAAUGUCUUAGCAGUGUGUGGACACAACCACCCUACAAUGAUAAAAAAAUCCAGUCACUCUUUUUUUGAAUCCCUAAAAAACCUAAACAGUCUUAAUUUUCAAACCGUUUUGAUUUUCUGAGCAGUAUGAUGUCAUAGUGUUCAGGCCCCGCCCACAGCCACAGACGGACAGUCCCAUAUUAGCAUAUUUCCGUCCUCGUAGUUGGAUGUAAAAGUGAACAUAGAAGUGUUUAUUUUCUCCCAACAUCAGAGCAAGUAAAUUAUUUUAGUUUUUAUGGUAACGUGGCACCGAAUACACCAAAAAAUGAAAGAGGGGACGGGGUGGGCAGAGAUCAUUAUCAUUUAAAGAGACAUGCACCAAAUGGGUCGCUGUGAACAGAGCUGUUUUUGACGAGGUAUAAAGUUUUCACAAGCAUUGAGGAAUUUUAACCAAAGUCUGGUGCAGACAUUGUAUGAAGGCACUAAAGAAUCAUACAAACUUGUGAAAAAUGAGUAUCUGAUGUCCCCUUUAAAACAAGUAAAGAAAAAAAUAACUUUGAUAUAUUUUGAAAACAAAUUUUAUCUUACAACAUCUUACAAGUAAAAUGGAUUUAUACAAGAUGAGAUAAAAUUCUAAACAAGUUUUGUUAAUAUUGUAAUGAUUUUUACACUGUAAACGACAAUGAUACUGCAGCUAUAAUGCCACUUUCAUUCUUUCAUAGUCCACUGAACUAUGAUGGCCUGUCACAGCUUGUAAAGGUUUAAGAUUUUGCUGAUGACUUGUGUUUCAAGGCCUUCAUAGGGUCGGUCACGCUCUGUGUGCUUGGAUAUAGAUAUGUAAGCAUUAGCCGUCAGUAUCCCUGAUGUGGGUCCUGUAAAUUGUGCUUUGAAACCGGAUAUCCUGUCAGGAACUGAAUUUGCAAGAGCCUGACCAUGUGUCAGCAAAGUUAGCAGCAACAGGAAAGAAAUUUUAAGAUAACAAACCUAAAUAGCCAAAAACAAAACUGGUAAGUUUCAGAAAGUAGGGUGUUCGAAACUUGAAGUUUAUUAUUAAAGGGAUAGCUUACCCAUUAUUUACUUACCCUUAAGUCAUUUCAAACCUGUGUGAAUUGCAGAGUAUUGGGACAGAAGUAUGGGAACCGAAACUGUCUGGUGGCCAAAUGAUUAUAUAAGAUUAAGGUUAAUCCAAUGAGGUCUUACUCUCCUUUCAUUAAAAGAUCACCUUACAGUACAUAAUGCGAUCAAACAAACAGCUCUUAAAUUGAUAAUAAAACCUAAAAAUAGCUAGAGCAGUUGAAAGAACUUAAAUAAGUGAUGACAGCAUUUAGAUUUGUGGGUGGAAUGUUUCUUUCGGCGAAUUCAGUUGCCACGUAACAUGAAUAUGUUAUCUUUUAACUUUCACUUUGUCAGUUAAAAUGUUAUUGACCACAGACCAAAAUGUGCACUGCUUACAUUUACCAGCAACUUAUUUAAAAGGCUACGUUUACACUAGUGCCUUUUCAUUUUAAAACGCAUAACUUUUGCUACAGUUACACAAGUCGUUUACACUAUGGUGUUUUCGACCCUCGAAAACUGAGACUUUCGAAAACGCUGCAGACCUUGUUUUAGUUUGAAAACGUUGCAAAUCAUUUGAACUUUGUGUGAGCACGUCAUAAAUCCCCUAUCAGGGAUUUGUCGUGUGGUGUCGCGCCGCAUCCAGUGUAGACAGCAUCAGUUAUUAUUAAUGGGUUCUACUGCAUUUUGUCGCGCCACGCCGCUCCCGUCCGGCGUAGACACGGUGUUUUAGUGCAAACGGACCAAAACGGAGAUUUUUUUUAAACCGAUGGCGUGGCUGCCUAAAAACGCUCUGCGCAUCUUUGACAACAACAUCAUGCUCAUUAUGAAUGGUCACGUGACAUGCGUUUUCGGUUGUGUAGUGUGGACUGAGGCCCUGUUUACACGAGUGAGUUUUUGUUUUAAAAUGAAAACUAUCCUCGUCUAUACUGCCGUUUUCAGAAAGGUUCUCCACCUACACACACUCUCUCUCUCCUUCGGCUUGCUCCCUUUAUCAGGGGUCACCACAGCCGAUUUGGCACGUUUUAUGCCGGAUGCCCAACCCAGCCCUGAGAGUGCACUAACUCGUGCAACCCCAGUGCUGGAACACACUCACUCACUAUGGCCAAUUUACUGUGUCCAAUUCACCUAUACCGCAUGUCUUUGGAUUGUGGGGGAAACCGGAGCACCUGGAGGAAACCCACGCAGACACGGGAAAAACAUGGAAACUCCACACAGAAAGGCAUCCUGGGUCAGCUGGGGGGAUCUUCUUGUUCUCAGUCUACACUACACAACCGAAAACACAUGUCACAUGACCAUUCAUUCAGGUGCAACCAUAGAUAGGUACAGGUAGAUUCCCUGUUAUUUAGAUGGCGGAUGCGUCUACGACGUGCGUGGAAUGGUCGAAUGAUGCAUCUACCCAUACAUAUCUAUUGGUACAACAAUGAACACGAUGUUAUUGUUUACACGGUCGUUAAGGAUACGCAGAAAGAAUGUGGGCAGCCACGCCAUCGUUUUCAAGUCUCUGUUUAGUUCUCCGGAAACUCCGGAGUUUUCAAAACGGAGUCUGCAGCGUUUUCAAGAGUCUCAGUUUUUGAGAGUAGUGUAAACUACUACUAAAACAAAAACGCACUAGUGUAACCUAAAACGCCUUUUUAAAACAAAAACCCACUAGUGUAGUGUAAUUUUUUGUAAUAGUAGCCUUAUCCAUAAUUUAAUCAGUAAGUUUCCUCUAUGCCUUAGUAUUGCGAGUAUAUCUGACUUAGUAGUUUUAACUGCUGUUAACAUUCUGUUGUGAAAGAUUGGCUAAAUAUAUGAUAUUAACGUCUCGUUUAUUGAGCUUGUAUAAAAAAUCAGAAUCCUACUGUUGCUCUAAAUUGUUCUGGCUCUGAUAUUAUAGCAUCAGCACUCUUGCUCAUAUCAUCCUGCUUCGUUUUUUUGCGUCUAUCUCAGGUAGAAACCUUGCUAGGUUGACAAGGUUUAGAAAUAAUGCUGAGCUGUCCCAUGAGUCACUCAGAAGGUGGGUGGUUGCUUUCUGUGGGACCAGAGGGCAACAGUGCAUCUGUUCACCCGAGACCCUCACAGGGGCCGAGAGCCGAAAUCAAAUCUGAGCUGCUUUGUCUUUUCCCCCCUUCCUACAUGGCAGAGAUGCAACCUUGUAACCUGCUCAGAUGCUGCUUAUGAGAAUCACAGAGACUUUUGCCAGUGUUUACAAAGACUAAAGAGCGCAGAGUUGUUUUUUCUCAGAUCUGUACACUCUGAAUGCUUUUCUAAAGAAAUAGUUCACACAAAAAUUAAAAUCUACUAUUGAGCUUGAUUUGCAUCACUUGUGAAUGGGUGCCUGAUAAAAACAUUACAAUGAGCCAUAAGUAAUCCACACAACUCUAGUCCAUCAAUUAAUGUCUUGUGAAAUGAAAUUUUGUUUAUAAUAAAAAAAAAAAAAAUCUAUUUUUAAGACAUUUUAGCUUCAAACUGUUGUUUCUAGACAAAAUAUGAGUCAAUAAUAAUGUUUACUCUAGUGAAAAAGUCCCUUCCCUGUUGUCCUCUUACAUCAAAAUCCAAUAACAUAUUUGUUUAGAACAGUUUUUGCUUGUAAACAGUGCUUGAUCUGUGCAUAUUUCUCUCCUGAUUUAGAUAAGACAACUUUUUCACUAAAGAAAGCAAUAUUAUGGUUAGAGGACUUGUAUAUUUUGGCCAGAAGGAACAGUUCGAAUGGAUUGUUAUGUUUUUAUCAGCUGUUUGGACUCUCUGGCACCCAUUCACUGCAGAGAAAUCAUUGGUAGGCAAAUAAUGCAAUGCAAAA